AGGAAUUAUUUUCCUCUGGAUCCCAUGUCUUUGGGAAGCCUUUUCACUGUCUGAAACAUGCAGUCAGGCACUUAAAGGAGACGCAGCUGCUGAAACCGCAUGGGAGUAGAGAAUGGGCAGCACAUGCAUCUCAUUUACAACGUCUCAGUUUGGAUAAUAGCACGUCUGGUUGUGAAUAACGUGAGGAAUGAUUGCCAGUGAGACCAAAAUUGAACAUCAAAUCAGAACAAGACUGUUUAUUAGUAGAAAAAUACCAAACCAUUGUAGCUAUUUCUUUUCAUUCAAUAAACUCAAAAUAAUAAACAAAAAAUCACAACGAUGGGACAAAUAAAUGCUGAAAUUAUAAAGCUAAAAGAUUUUGCGUUUAGGUGUUUGACACCAAACACUAGCAAUGUUAUGAUGUUCAUAACAUUGCUAUGAAUGUGUGUUCAUAACAUUGCUACAAAUUACCUGGUGAAAAGACUCAUCAGGUAAUUUUAUUGAAUUGUUACUGUCUUUAAGAAUUGUAACUAUAACAUAAUUUUUCAUUUUCUGUUAGAUUCAAAAGUUAUUUUGCUAUCAGUGAACCGACAGCACAUUUUCCUAAAUAUAUGUUGCAGAACUGGCAUGUCAGACUGUGUGCUAAAAGAAAUCUCAUGUCUGAAGUGCAUCUGUGUGGGCAGAGUCGCAGGAUGUAAGCAACAUGCUUUGAGAAAAGUGAGGAGGGGAAAGAGCAAGUGUUUUUAAAGAGGGGAGAGUGGGAGCGACAGAGCACAAAAGUGGGAGGGUGGGAGAUUUGGAGAGUCGGAGAGGGAGAGAGAGGACAAGCGGGUGGGUGCUGUAAAAUCCAUUAACGGGGGAGCUCUGUGCAUUUGUUAGACAUCUUGGCUGCCUGCCCAACUUGACUCAUUGUAAACGAGGCAUGAUCGUGAACGGGAGGCAGCCCUCUCUGCUGCCUCGGCUGCCCCGCUCCCGGACCCAGCCCAGCUCCCACCGCUGACAUGGAAAGACCUAUGGAAACAACCUUGACUUUUGUGUUGUCAUUGGUGCAACAGUGGAGGAUGACUGACUCACUGCAGCGUAUCACCUCCUCACAACCCCUCAGGGCAACUAAAACUGAUAGUGGAGAACACAAGACUUCAACAUUAGUGAUGUUUUGUUACAGACAACCAGCAACAUGAUGCCCAAAAGGGAUCAGGAAAGAGAUCUGGAGCUGGACAAGAAGAUUGAGGCUCUCCGCAGGAAGAACGAAGCGCUCAUGAAGAGGUACAAGGAGGUGGAAGAGGACAGGAGAAAGGCAGAAGAGGAAGGAAUGGCACUGCAGAGCCGAAAAGGAAAAGCUGAUGACCUCACCAUCACAAUCAGCAAGUCCACAGAUGAGAGUCGCAUGGUGGUAACAAAGCCUUUUGGGAGUGGGUCUCCAACUGGGACAGGACUGCAGGAGGGAGGGGCUGACAGGGUGGGAGAAGGGUCCACUCAGCGGACUGGGCGAGGCUCCAGGAAGCAGCUGACGGUCACAAUGGCUGGAAAAAAGGGUAAAAGGGUGGUCAGUGAGAGGCCAGAGAAGCAACUGGGCCCCACAGAUGUAAAGAGCCCCGUGGAUGAAGGACAGACGAGGCAAGUGGAGUCAGCUGGGAGAGGAAAGCAGCCAUGUAAGACGACUAAGGGGGAAUCAUCAUCAGCAGCAGUAGCAGCAAAGGAGGAGAUUAAACAGGGGCAGAUGAACGCUGAGGAGCAAGACAAGGAUACAGAGCAACGGCAGGAGCCUGAGAGCCUGCAGCCCAGCACAGAUCUCAACAUCCCAACUUCAAGGGAAGAGCAGGAAGAGUAUCUACGGUGGAAGAAGGAACGUGAGCAGAUUGACAGGGAGAGAGUGGCGCGCCACAAAAAUGCAAAGGGGCAGUGGAGACGUGCAUGGGACAUGGACAAAACCGAAAACAUGUUUUCAGACAAAUCUCUUCCUGAUAGAGACUGGGCAGCUUCACCUAGAGUUCCAGGAGGACGGAAUGCCAGAAGAGGUUCGAAGGCGGGUUCGAAAGGUCACGACAAGCGAGGCAAAGACAAGGCAGCUAAAAACGUGCUUGUGAUGAGCAGCAAAGCCAAAGGCAAAGAUCGACUAACUGGGAGGGCCAGGAGAUGGCAGGAUAAUGACGAUGGAGAGAAUACUCAGACUACUGAAACAACACUGGAGGAAUUCCUUGAAGAACUCGAUGCUCUAACAGAUGCUAACGAAGGGAAUCUGAAAGAUCAAGACUCAAAAGCAAAGCCAGAUCCCUUAAGUGCACCUGAAGAUUCUGAUAGCUUGAAAGAGGAUAAAGUUACUCAGAGGAAAGCGGCAACCUCAUCCCCUCGAGCACUAGAGAAGAAAGUACGUUUCUCAGAGGAACUCAUCCAGAGGGCUCCCGCUAAGCAAACUACAACCUCUUCACAUUCUGCAGCUCCAGAAUCUAAAGGCUCUCUGAAAGCCUCCUCACCAAAACACAGUAAGGUGCAGAGGCCACAGCUGGCUUGUGUAAGUGCAGAAAAGCGUGGUAGUAGUUCCCAGGAUAAAGGGGGGGGUCUUCCUUCUCCUCCUGUUGCUCAGCAGCAGGCAUCUAAAACUGAAAAUGUUCAAAAAGACACCAGCAGCCCUAAAGUUUCCAGAGUUACGUCUGGUGAAAAAACCAGCACCUCUCCACAUGAGAGCCAUGUCCAGCCUGUAGAGGUGUCCAAGUGCAACAGCAGCAGUACGAACACAGAAGAACUGAAAGACUCCACUCUGUCUGUCCUGAGAAUAGAUUCAGGAGAGUCACACCCAGCACACUCCACCAGCAAUGACAAGGCGAGAGAGCACGGGAAGGUAGUUUGACAUUUUUGGAGCAUCGAUCCUGAAACCAAAUCGCUGCGUUUGGAUGCUUUUUGCUUCAGUGGCCUCCAAGCUAAAAACCAACCUUUCAUUUUGCAGCGGCGAGACCCUCCUACUGAAUCUAAUUUCUGACACCAGAUUAGGAAGUGUUAUUGAGCAUUUGAAAUAUUUUUACAUCUAAGCACUUUAUGAGUAUACAGGACUGUUUACUGAGACAUUUUUCAGUAUGUUAGUAAGCUGCUUGAGUGCAAUAUCUUUGAAUGUUUACAUUUGUAUGAAGAGUUAAAGGUACAUAUCUGGAGGCUAGCUAGUCAGUUCAACUUAGGUAGUCUUUGACAGUAAAUUAAGACACAAUAAAAUAAUAGUGCCUGAUUUAGCCUUAGGAAUGAUUUUGACUAAAAUAUUAUUUAACUUCAGACACAAAACAGAGUCUUAAUUUCUACAUUCAGUAACUGAUCGGAUGUUAUUUGUUGGCUCCUUUCAGAACAAAACCUAUAACUCUGUGCAUCUGCAAAGUGACCUGGUUUUACAGUUUUCUGACAAGAAUGUUUUACCAAGAAAGCUUGAAAAUGGGACUUGCUGGUUAUCAAAAAAAGGUUUAUUUUGUGCUAGCUUGAGAUUUCUAGCCUAUGGCAAUUGUAAAAAAAAUAAACAAAAAAAUAAGAUGACCAAACUCUGACUCUCCCAACAUGGCAGCUUUAUAGGAACAGCUAUUUUCUUGAAAUUAGGUCCUAGUAAAAGGUUGUAAGCAGUUAAUGUUAGGCUACCAAGCAUGGCACUAAGCAUCUUCAUUUGGCAUAAAUUUAGAUGAGGUAGGCUAGGAGACCGAAGGUAACAGCUAGUUCAAGAGGUAGCCAGUAGCGGCUCUUAAUAAAGGCUAUUUGGAAGGAUUUUCAAAAAUAACAGUGAUUUAUCUGUUGCUCCAUGUUCACUGUUGAGAAAAAGGAGAGUAUUUUAGGUGUCUAAGGCAAAGCAUUUUUUCACACCCAACAUUUGACUGAUUUUAAUGAGUGGCGAACCCCACAACCUUCUUCCACUUCUGUUUUAUGUUUAAGUGGCAAUGUCAGAACUAUAUGUCAAUGAACAUUUGAAAUUUCAUCAUGUUUGCAUUAGGUGUUUUAUUUAUUUAUUUUCAUAAAGAAGCCAAGCAAUUAUUUUUAUUGGAAAUUGAAGUAGGAAAUUGAUGAAUAUGUAAAGUAACUGAGAGAAGCUGUCUGAUAUAAAAGUAAUGGAGUGUAUAAAUCAAUUACAUAGCAUGCACAGAUUUGGAAUCCUCCUUCACUCCCAUCUCUUUGUGUAGCUGGAAAGCAAGUGAUGUCGGGGUGUGGAUGAAAAACAAGACAAAACAUUGCUAAAAACUAAAUGAUGAUACAAAAUGUAUAGUGCAUAAUGCGAAAAGUAAUUACAGGCUCAUUCAGUUUCAUUGCACUGGACAGAACAUUUUGAUUCUGUUUUACUUUUUGACAUCUUUUGGACUGGGUCAGUGUCUAAAGCUCCGGGAGCCUACUGCUUCCAGGGUUGAAGACCUCGGCUGACAUGUAGCCAUGUCCAUUUUUAUAGCCAGUAAGGAAAAGGAAACAUGUUAUCAUUUUCUUCACCUUGUUUAAACUCAGAAAGAACGAGAAGAAUAAAAUGCAAACCAAACAGUAGAUAAGACUCUGAGAGUGGAGCUGCUUUCCCAUUCAAGGUCUCACACAUGUACUCUGUCUGGCUUGAAUUGCAAUAGAAUAAAAUAAUUCAAUUACCGUAGAAGUCCAGUAAACACAUUUUCAUUGUAAUUAGAAGAGAGACAUAAAAUGCAUGUGCAAUCUUAAAUUGCAGGUGUUUAUUUGUACAAUAAGACAUCCAAAGCAAAUGAUCAAAGCUCUAAAAUUUGUAUCAGCAUUCAGUGAUUAUAACAGGAGUUUUGUAAAAAUGUUACAUGUCUUUUUUUUU